AUGAUCGUUUGAUUGUCGACUUUUUUGUGAUGUUAUCUUCGUCGACUGUGUCAACGGGGAAAUGUUGAUGUAUGAAUGAGGCUACGGUGAUUGUUUUUGGCGUUCUGCUUGUGAAAUUCGGUGAUUUUGUUUGAUCAAACUGUUCCAUUGUCAAAGCAAAUUAAAAUUUUAGUCCACAAUGGAUGGGAAUGGGAAUCGGCAAAUGGAGGUCCAUUAUGUAAACACAGGAUUCCCAUACACAGCCGCUGAGAGCUUCAUGGACUUCUUUGAUGGGAUUUCGCAUCAACCCACACAUUAUUCUCAUUCUGGUCCAACGCAUGAUCAGGAGAAUGCAUAUUGGUCAAUGAAUAUGAGUUCAUACAAAUAUGGAUUACCUGCUCAUGGAAGUAUACCUUAUUAUGAUCCAUAUGAAGUUCAGAAUUAUGUACCAAGAAUGGAUCUGAAUCGAAGCGCUUGGGAAUAUCCUGUAAUGAUGAAUGUGACAGAACCCGCUUCUGCAGAUGUGCAGUCUGCUGAGAGUUCAGUUCCGAGCAUGCAAGCUAUUCCUGAAGAAUGCAGUCCAAAUGAUGACAGUGCUUCUAGUUCUCAGGUUGUUUGGCAGGAUGACAUCGAUCCAGACAAUAUGACAUAUGAGGAAUUACUUGAUUUAGGGGAGGCAAUUGGGAGUGAGAGUCGAGGUCUUUCUCAAGAGCUUAUUGAUUCGCUUCCAACUACAAGAUAUAAGGCUGGUGGAUUCUUCUUGAGAAAAAAAUCUGGAGAGAGGUGUGUGAUUUGCCAAAUGAAAUAUAAGAGAGGGGAGAAGCAAAUGAAUUUGCCAUGCAAACAUGUUUACCAUACGGAAUGUGGCUCCAAAUGGCUGACCAUUAACAAGACAUGUCCAAUUUGCAAUGUGGAAGUGGUUGGGGAGGAGUAGCUAAGCUAAAGGAGUUGAUGUGAGUGUGUGUUAAAUUUUCCCAUUUUGGAUUUCUUUGUUUUAGUUACUCUUUACUUACAUAGCAGCAGCCGCAGCAGCAGCCAGGUAGAAGUUUACUAUCAUCACUACUACAUGUUUUAUAGCUUUUAUUUAUAUGGAAAAAAAGGUGAAUAUGAAAAAGACUUGAGUAUUUGUUUGUUUAGGUAAUUAAGAUCUUCAUUAUUUUCUAAGAUCAAUGGCAUGUAAACAGAUUAUAAGGUAAAAUGCCAUUUUCUUUCCUUUUCCUAAUCC